AAUGAAGAGAAUAUGCGUCUCUCUCUCUCUCUCCUCUCCCAUCUUAUAAAUACUCUGGGCCUGCGUUCUUGCGCAUUUCGUCUACCCAUUUGGGGUUUCUUUUCACGACUCGGAACCAAAACAAUCUCAAAACAGCGAGAGAGAAAGAGAGGCUCUUCACAGCAAACAACAAAAACCCCAUAUCAACGGCAACAACAAUUUUGAGAUUUUAUCGAGAGGAUCUGAUAAUACACAAACAACGGAACCCUAAUUUAGAUAUACAAACACAAGGAGACAGGUAGAGAGAUUGAUCCUGAGAGGGAAAAAAAACCACUUUCGUAAUUCAUUUUCCUCUUUGAGAUCUAGCCAAUCUCCUUAUACAUUGUCUACUUCGAAUUUUUUUAACCUUUUCGAUUCUUCUUCUUUCCUUUUUUUCCUCUGUAAAUCUCCCCUUUGAAGUGCCAUUCAGCUUUCCGUUUUGCUUACUUGUGGCUUUUGAGAGAGAAUUUUUUACUCUGAUUUCAAGUGUGUUCUAUUGAUUUUUGAAAAAAAUUGAAAUUAGGGUUUUUAUUAAGUGGGUGCUUUCUCUGACGCGAGUUUUGUUUUUUUUAGGGUUUUCAUCGGAUCGUCACUGUAACAACCCUAAUCGCAAUUUUUUUUGGACCAUUAGGGUUAUGAUGAUCAGAGAUUGGUGUUGUAUAUAGAGAAUUGGAUUGUAUAGUUAGUUUUAAUGAAUAUAUACUCGGGUCCUGCACAUUGAAUCUGCGAAAGAGAAUUCUUCUGUUUGGCCGCAUAGCAAAGUUAAAGUGCACAUAAGGUUGUUAUCUUGAAUGCGUUUGCAUUUAUGGGUUGGUUUGAGAUAUUGAUUCUUAUAGUAAAAGAAGCUCCUGAUAUUCGAUUUUGCUUAUGAGCAGGUUCCGGUUUCUCUGUUGGCCUAGUGGCAAAUACCAGGGAUCAGACAGAUUUGGAGCUUCAGCAUUGUUUUUGAAGAAUUCUUUCAUAUUGACAUAGAUUGAUUUCUACUUAUCUGGUCUUUUUUGGAGCUACUUCAUUGCUUACUCCACUGGAAUUGAGCAUAUAAAGCUUUAUUUGUACUCUUAUACGUCAAGCUUUUAGUUGACAUUGGGCAACUCUGAAGUGUAUUUGUGAAUAAGAGGAUCAUUAAGAAAAUUGGCUUUGGAGAUAUUUUGGAAGACAAUGGAUUGAUUUCUAGGUUUGAAAUGACUGAAAGGACAUGGUGCAUGGACAAGAGCAUAGUUUCUGGUCUGUUCCUGCAUUGGAACAACAGUACAGGAUUAUAGGAGAAGCCUUUUGUUCUGUGUAUAGCUUCCACUUUGCCAAUUCAAGGACCACGUGCAAUGUCUCGCUGCUUUCCAUUUCCACCCCCAGGAUAUGAAAAGAAGGCUAGAAUUGAUGAUACAGACUUGCUAAAAAAGGAGAAGAAUAAGGAGAAAAAGCACAAAAAGGAUAGGAAGGAGAAAGAAAAGAGAGAGGGUAAAGAGAAAAGGGAUAAAGAUAGAAGUAAAGAGAAGAAUAGAGAAAAGAAAGACCGAAAAGAUAAGCACAAAGACAAGGACAGAGAUAAGGAGAAAAAUCAUGCUGCCGAUGAGAAAAAAGUUGAUGGGCAACAUGGCUUUCAUAAUGGACAAAAGUUUGGUUCGGACGCCAUGCAGAAUCAUGAGAUUGAGGAUUCUUUAUACAUGCAGGAAUUGGCCAGAAGAAUUAAGGAUGAGGAUCGAGCAUCAGGAAGCCAAAUGUUUCAGAAGGUUGUUGCUGCAGAUCAAAGAAGAGAUGAGGUACAGGGAGUGGCCUUGGAAAGAAGGGGUGAGGUACAGGGAAUGGCGGUGGAAAGAAAUGUUGGCUAUCAAUCUGAGGAAAAAGAAAAGGUUAAGAAUAAGAAUGAAGAUAAUAGGACAAUCAAUGGGCAGAGAAAUCAUUUUGAUGCAAGAGGUUUGGGAAAGGCAUUUCAUCAGAACUUCUCUAGCAUGGACCAAGAAAGAGUUGAAGGAAUUGUCAAAUUGGGGGAGAAGAAGGAUGCUGAGAAGCAGAUGGAGGGGAAAGAGAAGAGCAAAAACAAGGAAAUCAAUGUUAAGAGUGACAAACACAAAGGCAAAGACCGAGAGAAGAAUAGAAAAUCAAAGGAUAAAGACAGGGAUAAGGAAGAGAAGAAGGAGGAGAAAGCGAAGGAGAUGACAGAAUCAAUUAAAGAGAAGCCUAAAUUAAAAGAAAAUGUCUCUAAACUAAAAGAGGGUGGCAAGGACUCACUAGACUUGCAAAAUGUCAAAUCGUCAGGAACCUUUAGGUUAAGCAAUGCAAGUCCUGCUGCUGAGGUAAAUCUUGGAAAGCGGAAGGAGCUUGAGAAAAAUGGAUAUUUACAUGACAAUGGGACUCGGCCUAAUAAAAUUCCAAGACAAAUGUCUUCCUCUUUCCCAGCUGUUGAAAAUCUAAAUGCAUUUGAAAAAUGCCAAACUGGUAUUCUUUCGUCUGAGAAGCGGGGGUUAGCAAAUAAUCAUAAAGUGGAUGCUAAGGAACAGAAGCUUAAUGGCUUGGUAAUUGUUCAACAGCCCAAUAUACGUUCAAGAAAGCCUUCAUCUGUUGGCAUAACAGCUAAUGAGAAUGGUGAAAUCUCUUCAAAGCCACAUCCUGAUGUGAAGUAUCUGAGUCAGAUACUUUCUAUACCCGAAAUGGAGGAAUUGCCUGAUGCUAAUGAUCAGGAAUGGCUGUUUAGCAGUAAUAACUUGCAGCCAAAAAAGCCCAGCAGUAGUUCUUCUGGGGUUGAUGGAACGCGACAAGUAUGGGCACAAGCUCUUUGGAUAGAGUCUGCAGACAUUUCAGCACUGCCAUACGUCAUUCCUUACUGAUACAGUGCAAAAUUGAUAGUUCUUUCCCUUUCUACAAUUCCCCAACUUGAGGGAUAAUCUGGGGAGGUAUGCUGGCAUCUGGGUCUUGAAAAUAUUGGUUUCUUACUGCCGAUUCUUUUAUUGUUUGCUCAGCCCAGAUCAGCAAGUUAAGGUAUAGAAAGUAGUUCUGAUCUCUGUUGCAGUGAGUGUUGAUGGUUUCUGAUUUCCUUUGUCCUGGGAGUGAUUUAUUUCUGAAUGGGACAAUGGCAUAAACUAAUUUUUUUUCCCUUUUUGUUUCAUUAUUUCAGGGCCGUGAGAGUGAGAGGGAGAAGGGGGGUGGGGUGGGGUUGGCUUAUUUCCUGGUUUUUUGUAACAGCGACCUUUUAGUUAUAGUGGGAAGAAAAAUUCCUCAAGUGAGCUGGUGAGAGAAAGCAGUACAUUAAACUGGAAAAGUUGAAUGGUUAGUUCUGAAUUCUGAUUCUUCUUAGUUUUGGAGCUUAAACAUAGAAAUUAGAUUAGGGUUAGGGUAUUUCUGUGGCCUGUGUUACGCACGCAUUUUUUAUUUGUAAAACGAUACCUAGUCUGUAAAUUAGAGGGAAAAAUAAGAGGCAAUUCUCUUUCA